UACACGGGAACACCUGUGAACACAGUCUGGUUCGACGCCAUCUGUAUUCUGGCAAUCAGACUUCUGGCAUUCGUGAGUAUUGAAGCCAUCAAUGCUGUAUUCUCAAUUGCUGUCACUGCAUCGUAUGUUGCUGACAUUACGCCCAUCACCACCUGCUUUGCGUUCAAAAAUGAUUUUAAACCUGGUCCAUUUAAUCUCGGUAAACUCAGCUUGCCAAUCACUGUGAUUGCUGUGUUGUGGAUGGUCUUUGUGAUCACUGUUUUCUUCUUUCCCGCGACCCCACAAACAACUCCACAACAGAUGAACUAUACAGUUGUGGUACUCGGAGGGUUCAUGUUUCUGGCAAUUUCCUAUUAUUAUUGUCCGGUGUACGGAGACCAUAUGUCACCUCUACGUUCUGGCCUGUCGCAAUACUCGUAG